AUGCCCCUGUUUGUCCGAGUCAGCGCGACCGACUGGAUGGAGAACACUACCCUAGGCAAGAAUCGAGGAAGUUGGGAUAUCCCCAGCACGAUCCGUCUUGCAAAGCUUCUUCAUGACCUAGGCGUUGAUGUCCUCGACGUCAGCUCCGCGGGCAAUCACCCACAAGCCGCUCACACUGUGUUUGACGCCGGAAAAGAGCAAGCUGCCAUGGCUGCGAGGGUGAAGGAGGAACUGGAGAAGGCGGGUAAGAAGAUGAUUAUAGGUACUGUCGGUGAGAUUACGGAGGCUUUUAAGGCUAGAGACUUGGUUCAGGAAGGCUAUGCGGGUAGCGUUGAUCUGAUUUCGGUUGGUAGACAGUUUUUGAAAGAGCCGGGUUGGGUUUUGAAGGUUGCUCAGGAACUGGACGUGGAUGUGGCCUGGCCGCAAUUUAUUUCGCGACCCCAGAUAACUCAGAUACUCACAAAGCUCUAG